AAGAAAAAGAAAAAAAAGGACUCUAAGCUGAGCUUUCACAAGAGCACGCCAAGCUUCCUUUCCCUCGCUUCUCUCUUUUUCUUUCCCGAGAAAAUCCGAAAGCUAAUCUCUCUUUUCUCGGAUCUCAUCUCUCCAUGGCCGAUACUUUCGAUCCGACAAAACCUCCUCGUCAAGAACAAAUACAACAAAAUGGGGAGAUUGGGGUCCCACUGUCACUUUCACUCUCGGAUCACUCGGAUCCGCCCAAAACAUCCUGGUCCGCCUUCAUCAAUUCCCGCCUGAACGCUACCCCUCCGAGGAGCCGCCAAGCCUCGCCGGCUCACUCCCCUCGUCUCGGCCCCAGCCGCUUCUCCAUCGCCGACCGAUCCUCCGAUUCUCAUCAUGAAUCGUUUCGAGAUCGGAAGAUGCAGAAGAGAGCGAAGAGGAAGAAGCUAGGGAAGAUGUCGCACGGCAAGAGGCGAAUCAAAGGGUUCUUGACCUUGAUUUGCUUAUUGGCUCUGUUCUUGUUCGUGAACUGGAUCAUGCUUUUGCGGCUACAAGAGCAUGGAAUCGUUCAUCACAAAUCUCGCUCUUCUAUCAAUAAUUCGCCUGUUUCUGCCCGGAAAGGAUUACGAAAAAUUGGUAAAGGAAAAGCCACACAGAAAGGGAACUAUGGAAGGAUGUUGGCUUUAGCUGCCCAUGCCUUGGCAGAGGGACAAAAUAAAGCUGAGCCAAAAGAUUUGUGGAAGGAGCCUUUUAUUCUUGCUUCUUCUUGGAAACCUUGUGCCGACCAACGCAACUGGGAACCUAAUGAGGGAAAGAAUGGAUACAUUUUAGUCACUGCAAAUGGUGGGAUGAACCAGCAGAGAGUUGCUGUCUGUAAUGCUGUUGUUCUUGCAAGGUUACUCAACUCCACUCUGGUUGUUCCAAAAUUUUUGUACAGUAGCGUUUGGAAAGAUGUAAGUCAAUUCAGUGAUAUCUAUGAGGAGGAGCAUUUUAUUAACUACUUGUCACCUGAUAUCCGGAUAGUGAAGGAACUACCCAAGGAGCUGCGUUCAUUAAACUUGGAGGCUAUUGGUAGCGUUGUGACCGAUGAAGACAUCAGAAAAGAGGCAAAGCCAAGUUUUUACUUGAAAAACAUUCUCCCAAUAAUCCUUAAAAAUGGAGUUGUCCAUUUGCUCGGAUUUGGAAAUCGCUUGGCAUUUGAUCCAAUACCUUUUCAGUUACAGAGACUUCGAUGCAGAUGUAAUUUCCACGCUUUGCAAUUUGUUCCCAAGAUCCAACAAAUUGGCGCUUUGCUUCUCCAAAGGUUGCGUCAACAUGAAGGUCACCCUGGUGGACCACUGGAUCAAUAUCUCGUUGGUUCAUAUGCACAAGAAUUUAGAAAACAAAAUCAAACUCGUCCAAAGAAAGCUUCCAGAUAUCUAGCUUUACACUUGAGGUUUGAAAUUGACAUGGUAGCUCAUUCUUUAUGUGAAUUUGGUGGAGGUGAUGAAGAGAGGCGAGAGUUGGAAGCUUACCGUGAAAUCCAUUUCCCUGCAUUGACACUUCUUAAGAAGACCACAAAGUUGCCUUCUCCCCAAGAACUUAGAUCAGAAGGGUUGUGUCCUUUAACGCCAGAAGAAGCAGUACUUAUGCUUGCUGCUCUUGGUUUUAAUCGUAAGACACAUAUAUUUGUGGCAGGCUCACAGAUAUAUGGAGGCAGAUCAAGGUUGGUUGCUUUGACAAGCUUAUAUCCAAAGUUGGUUACUAAAGAGAAUUUGCUUUCGUCAAGUGAACUUGAACCAUUCAUGAAUUUUUCAUCUCAGUUAGCGGCACUGGACUUCAUAGGAUGCACUGCUGCCGAUGCUUUUGCAAUGACAGAUUCGGGGAGUCAGUUAUCGUCCUUGGUAUCUGGUUUUCGCGUAUAUUAUGGCGGGGGGAAUAUGCCGACAAUACGACCAAACAAGCGUAGGCUAGCGAGCAUCUUUAUGAAGAAUUCAACCAUCGAGUGGCGUGUGUUUGAGCAGAGAGUUAGGAAGGCAAUUAGACAAACUAAACAUGUCCGAACAAGGCCCAAGGCAAGGAGUGUUUACCGGUAUCCACGGUGUAAAGAGUGUAUGUGCAGAACAGAAUAACGGUACUCUUUUUUUUUUUUUUUCUUUU